AACAGUUAUCAAUUUAUGCUCACACUUCCGAUCCAGUUCCUAUCACGCACCAGACUAUUAUGCGUUACUACCUAGACUGUUAAACAUGUAGAAAUUUCAUUUUAUAUUUACGAUACUUGGUCAUUGGUUAUCCACCUCAAAUGGAUACGACUGUCGCUCAUUCAGGUGAACAUGAUGGUGCUGCUCUGGAUAUAUCUGAGUGGCUAAAAAAGCAAGAUCAGUGCUAUGAGGGUUCUUUCAAAGAAGGCCCUUCCCCACCUAAAGAUGACCCAAGUUCUAAGUCAAAGAUGAUAAUACCUUUAAGUAAAGAUUUAAAAUUAAGUAAUAAGAAUUUUAUGUCAAUCAUUGAAGCUGAUGUAAAAACAAUGAAUCCAAGAGCCCUUUACCUCGAUCGAUGCAUUUAUCCCAGUGAUCAUGUUUUAGCCGAAUUUGCAUCUAGAGUGUAUAAGGAAAGGAUAAACAACUCCCAAAAACUAGAGGAAGAUUGGAUUCUAUUAACUAAGGCACUAAACUUUAGUGAUGGCUACUUUGGAGCUGCGUAUUGGAACUCUCACAAUAAACAAGUUGUUAUUGUCCACAAGGGUACAUCAAGUCCGGAGGAUGUUUUGGCUUUCUUAGAUAAUCAAGGAAAUCCAUUAGAAAAAUUCUCCUCUCAAAUGAGUUCUGCGGCUACUUUUUCUUAUUAUAUUCAAGAGAGUCUUGAGUUGCUUAGUGAAAAGUUUCCACAGAAUUUGACAAUUUCCAUAACUGGUCAUUCAUUCGGAGGCUGGUUAGCACAAAUCACUGCUUUUACUACUCAAUAUCUUGUUCCUGAAAACGAAGAAGAUAAAGGAGAUUUCUUUUUCGUUCAAAAUGACGAAGAAGGCUAUCAUGCGCAUACAGCAGUCUUUGACAGUCCUGGUUGUAAGGACAUGUUGUUGAAAAUGGAAAGUGACUUUGAUGUACGCUAUAGUAGUACAGAACAUCCAUCCACUUUGUUGGAUAUCACAAUUUAUCUCUCCGCACCAAAUUUAAUCAAUACUCUUCAAUCGCAUCUUAAUGUUGGCAAUUUAUAUCGCGUGUUUAUUGAAGACUUACCUGAUGGAACAACUUGUGGUAAUUUCCUUCAGUACACAAAAGAGACUCAUAACAUAGACAAAAUUAAAGCUUCAAUGACAAAAAUAAUGAAGGUAAAAGACUGGCCCUUAAUGAAAGAUUAUGACACUUUUACUGAACUAACGAACUGUUCUAGCUAUUUCAAUCAUCCCACAGUUCAUUAUCACGUGGAAAGUAUUGAAAAAGAAGAAUGUUGUGCUAAUAUUUUCACGCGGGCUGAAUUCGAUUUUCUGAUAAAAUGCCAUACAUUAAAACAUCUUUCAAUGCUGUAUAUAGCAGACGAAUUAUUCGUCUUACUUCAUCAGAAAACAGAAGGGAUGAUAAAUAAAGAUGAAGUUAAAGAAAUGGUUCAAGAUUUUGAAAUAAAAGAGAGAAAAGGUAGUGGCAUUAUCAAGUGCGCUUCGAAAGAAAAGCUUCAAAAAUUGAUAAUUUAUGUCAAGAAUAUUUUGUUUAUUUUUCCAAAUUUCCACAACGAGAUAAAAGCUAAGUUAAAGAGCUUGGAUGUUUUCAAUGAUGUUUUUGAAAAACAGUCCCUUAUUUAUCUUCAACCUAUUGAAUAUAUUAUGCUUGAGAACGUAACUGUGAAAUAUCUAGAUGAUUUUUUACAAAAUUCUAAUUUGCAAUUUUUACAGCUAAUAUGCAAAGUGAAACCUAUAAUAGGAAUUAUAAAAAUAUACAACCAUCUAAAAAGGACAAAAAUUUCGUAUCAAACAAUUAAAACCUUUUUAAGUCUGAAACAGGUUGCAAAUUUAGAGCUAUUUUUGUCACAAAGCAAUGUUGUAAAACAACCGAAUAAAGAAAUAUCUAUGUUUUUUGUGGUUGAGAAUAACAUUGAAUCAUGGCAAGAAGAUAAAGAACUAUUAACUAAUUAUUUUAAAGAAUUAUUCAGGGUUCUAGAAUGUUAUCCGAAACUAAAAUUUAUUUUGGUUACCCAAGAGCGUAUUAAUUUCGAUUAUUGUUUAGAAGAUAAGAAUAAUUUUUACUGGGAAAUAAAGGAUGAUGAGAAAUUUGAAUUUUUUGAUUUAACAUUCAGCUCUCGAAAUCAACUUUUAGAGAAGAAAAUCCAAUUUCAGGGUGAAAAGAUAAGUUUAAGUACGCUCAUAACAGAUGAGUCUAGUCAUCUAGUAGAUGAAGAAACAUUGUGUAAGCUUAUCAACGAUGAAACAAUUACUGUAGGUGAAAUGCUUCCUAACUUAGGUGAUGUUGAAAAGUAUUACACUAGCAGAUAUUUUUAUCGCGAUGCAAAAAUAAAAAGUGAGAUCAAAGAAGAAAAGUCUAGAUUUUGUUUUAUUUAUAAUAAUCAAGUUGAUAAAUAUAAACCUAAACAAGGUCAAGAUAUAGUGAUAGCUUCUGAUACUGAGAGUCAUUUUGAUGAACUGUGUCAGGAAUACGAAAACUGCAAUAUUCACUGGUUGAAAGAAGAAUCUGACAAAUUUGAAUGGCAGAAAUCUCACGGUAAUCUAGCCUGUUUGCGUGAGUUCAUAGAUAGAGAUCGUUUUUCUGCAUGUCUUGACAUUGAAGAUCGAAUAGUAAUAAUAAGUUCUGAGCCUGGAGAGGGAAAAUCCACUGCAUUGACUAACUUAGCACAAAGGAUGAAAGAAAGGGAUGCUUCACUUUGGAUUGUGAGAGUUAACUUGAAUGAAUUAACAGAAAGGCUAGCACAAGAAACUUUUCGUAAUAAGAACGAAUAUUUUAAAUUUAUAAUGAUCAUGGCUUCCCUGCGCACUUCUUUAGAACAAAAGUUAUUUAAGUAUAGCCUGGNCACCUAG